AUGCCUAGCGCCGUACUCCCUCCAAAGAAAAACUUCAGAUCCGUCCUCGCCUUCACCGCUGCCCCCUUCAACCACUCCCCAACACCCACCACCCGCUCAUCCAUCCACACUUUCCACCACCAGCCCCGUCCCACCCCACGCGCUUCUGUAGACGUCCCCAGGAGCUACACAAACAAACCCAAGAACAGGGCAGAGCGAUCAACCGUCACCGACAUCUCCUUCUUUGAUUCUGACACCCCUUCCCCUCACAACGACCUUUCUUUUGACUUCAACAUGAAGAACAUUGAUGCAAAUCACUCUCGCCCCGUCAGGCGGGCUCCUGUCAGAAUCGACGCCCAGGAAGGCCCGUGGAGCGUCAGCGUUGCAGAAACGCCACACGACCCUCGUUCUUCCUAUAGCAUUUACAUAAAGACUCCGACGCACAACCUGACCCUCACUCGUACCGCAACAGAGAUAGUCGAGCUCAACGACAAGCUACGCGACUCUUAUCCCGGUACUAAGCUUCCAAAACUCCCUAUCGAUGUAGCUGCCCUCCCGGCCCCACCCAUCAAGCGCAAGUCUACCUUCCUCAACACUCUCUCGCGGCUCGCCUCGCCUUCGACUAACAAAGUAUCUCGUCAAGUAUCCAAAAGCCAACCUCAUUCCAAUCACAGCAGCGGUCUUUCUUCCGUCCAACCCACCCCUGUCGUCUCUCCCUCCCAAGAGAUCGGUGAUCCUUUCUCGUCGUUACUGGGGACCAAGGAAACACCCCUGUCCAACGGUCAUUCCGCGAAUAGCCCCAUUACAGCGCUGGCUGCGUACUUGACGACCGUCUCCAAUGAGUCUUCAGUGCGUCAGUCGCGUGCCUGGAAGCGGUUCGUUAGAGUUCGCACGGACGACUUGGAGAGCGUACGUGUCGAGCGAGCUAUCAAACGCGUGCGAUCAGAUCUCGCGGCACAUGUCAGCCCGAAGGUCCCCGAAAUGUCGGCGCAGAGCGCCAGUGCCAGUGUCAGUGUCAGCGCCAAUGUGAGCUCGGCCAAUAUCAGUGAGCUGGAGGGCGUUGACGAACCGGAAGUUCACCUCGUGGAUGGUGAUAUCGGGAACGUGAGCCCUAGUGAUCUGCGAGGCGAGGAGAUUAAAGAGGAGGAGGAGGGCGAGGGCGAACAGAAAGAUCUCGAUAUCGCCACACUGGCAGGCGAGACUGGCCAUGAGAACGGGGUAGAGUCAAAACCGCCACCUACUGGUGAUGGUGGACCCACUAUCGCGGAAGAAGAGCCUUCGCCGCUUUCAGCUCCUAUCGAUACGUCAGCUGCUAAUGGCAUCGAAGACGACGAGAUCACCACGCUGCCUACUCCCGUGGCACUUGACUCUCCCGCAUCCAGAAUUCCGCGCUCGCAGUCUGCAGAUCCUGACAAGGCCCAUCGCCUUUCUCGCGUAUAUACCACUUCCACUUUGGAUGGCGCGUCGUCCCAGACUGGCGACGAAUCUUCUAUAUCUACUACCGCUGGUCGGCGCUCGGCACGGAAAAAACGUUCCCAAUCGUCUGAUCCUAACAAGGAAUCGAAGAAGAAGUCUCAGCGAAAGGUGGUGGUCGAUGACUUUGAAAUGAUGCGAGUCCUUGGGAAGGGCUGCGCUGGAAAGGUGCUUCUUGUGCGGCACAAACUUAGUUCAGAUCUGUAUGCGCUGAAGGCGAUCACCAAACGACAUGUGCUGGCCCAUCAAGAAUUACAGCAUACAUUGACUGAACAAGCCGUUCUGAAGAGGAUGGCUGCCGAAUCGAAGGACCCCUUUGUCGUCAAGCUAUGGUGGAGUUUCCACGACAAGGAGAAUCUCUUCUUAGUCAUGGAUUUUCACCCUGGUGGUGACUUGGCAACUCAACUUGCCCGCUGGGGUCGCUUAGGGCGUGACCGCGCUCGAUUCUACGCUGCAGAAAUCGUAGAAGGAGUCGAGGGCCUUCACGCAGCUGGUGUUAUUUAUCGUGAUCUUAAACCUGAGAAUAUCCUCAUAGGUGCUGAUGGUCACAUCGUUCUGACCGAUUUCGGACUCUCGAAAGAGUUCCCUCGCCGAGCGACGGCGGCCACGGCCCCAUCGACGCCUUCGGGUUCACGAGGCGAAUUCUACUCUUCUUCGCCUGGUACGGCUGAGCCCGCCACCCCGCCUUGGAUGCGAGGAGAGAGGGGCCAGGAGCUGGCCAUGGGCUGGCCUGGUCAACCUGUCGGACAGGCUGAUACGACGAGCACGUUCUGUGGGACGGCUGAGUAUCUGGCUCCGGAGGUUAUCCAAGGGCUGCCGUACAGCUAUGAAGUGGAUUGGUGGAGCUUUGGGACGAUGUUGUAUGAGAUGUUGACUGGCAUUACUCCGUUUUGGGCAAAUAAUCAUUCGGAUAUGUAUGUCAGGGUAUUGCAAGAUGAGCUCCAGUUCCCGGAUGAUAGGGCUGUCGAUCAGGAUACGAAGAGUUUGAUUCGAGGCUUGCUUCAACGCAAUCCAGCACUCAGAAUGUGCGAACCUCGGAUAAAGCGACACCCUUAUUUCUCUAUGAUAGACUGGUCUCACGUAUAUUAUAAACGAUAUAUACCCCCCUAUAUCCCACCUAUCGAUCCAUCCAAUGCAAGUGAUACCCAAAACUUUGAUGAUACAUUCCUCGACAUGGAGCCGGUCAUAGACGACCCGAACGAGAACGAACAGACGGACACUGAUCAGGAUCGUGACCAAACCGACAUGGAGCGCACAGACGGCGAAGACUCCAAUACCACGCCCUCUCACUCGCGCAGUCCAUCCGUGCAUCCCGACGAGGACAGCGUGGACGUCUUUGACGGCUACUCCUUCAAGGGUCGCCACUCCAUCAUCAUAGGUGAGGACGAGGGCUCUGAGGAAUCGGAAGGAGAGGAGUCGGACGAGGAAGGGUUGCCGGCGAUUCUGGCCGAUAUUCUGGUGACGCAACCGGGGCAGGAAGAGACGCUUGAUGGGGCUGUUGAUGCUCUUACCAUCGAUGAGCGGACGCCCGAGCCGAAGACUCCUGAAGCACGGCCUCACACUCUGCCAGCGGAGGAGCCCAUCGCUAAUCUGCCUGUUACGCCAGUGGAGGAGCCGCCUGCCCCUAUUGUUGCACCUAAACCACCUGUUGAGCAAGUCGCUACGACGCCUAGAACUAGCAAGGAGGUCCCGAAGGCUCCUGUGUCUCCUCCCAAGGAACUUGCGCCCACACCCCCUGUAAAGGACAUCAAACCGAAGCUCGUCAAGGCACCUGCUGCUCGCACCGGCCACUACCGCACGGCGCGGGGUAAGCGGGAGAAAUCCGGUGUUGCAGCUCUUGACCGGUUCCUGUCCGAUGGGCCCGACGAAGAUGGGAACGUUACGGAGAAGGAUGACGAGGAUGAUGACUGGGACUUCAUUGAGGCCGUGGAUGGCGAGGACCGUAAUGGAACGAAAGGCACCAGUCUUUUCGCGCGUGGAGUGGUCGACCGAUACAGGCUGGCCGUUUUCCGAAAGGCGUCGACGCCUUCUCAACGGCCGCCACUUCGCACCUUUUCGAGCAUGUCCAAAGAGUCCGAGGUCAAUGGCGCCGAACCUACAGACUCGCCCAGCCCUUCUGACAAGCAGCGCCGAGGACGUACGCCUGGUCUCAACUUCCGAAAGCAUCCGAGGCAAUUCUUGCGAGCUAAAUCUCCGCCUUCUGCCAAGUCGGGUUCGACUGCGAAGACGCUCAGCCAUUCGACGUCUGCUACUCUUUCGUCGGCGUCUAGCACUGGGAUGAUGACGCCGUCGCUCUCGGGUGCGAGCACCCUGCCGAUUUCGCCCUCUUUGAAGUCGAAAGAGUCUGCGACGUCCGUGGGAGAGAGUGUGUCCUCAGAUCAGUCUAAUGGAGAGGCCGGCGCCGAUCUUGUCCAUUCGGAAACUAGGACGCCAGCCGUGUCACAUGUGGAGGAGCCCGAGAAGUUGAAGAAUAAAAAGCUCAAGAAGUACAAAGAGAACGCGGAGAAAGUCUUUUCCCUGUUUGCAUCCCCCCGACAGGCGUCGUAAUCCACCAUUUACCAAUGAAAUAUCGGAAUUCCCCUUUUUUUUUUUUUU